AUACUUUGAAAAAUUUUGCCACUUAGGGAAUUCCUCCGCUGAAAUGGUGGUGGCUGUCACAUUCUAAUCAUCAGCAUUCACCAACAAGAUGAUGAUGAUGAUGCCUGCUCGCAAUCUCCUUUACCUUCUUCUUCUUCUUCUCCUUCUUCUAAAAUCCCCAGAUUCCUCUUCUGGCCAAGAAUCUGGAAUCGUCUCCGAUGACAUUGUGAUCGGAAGAUCCGAUUUCCCCGAUCAGUUCUUCUUCGGCGCCUCCACCUCUGCUUACCAGGUUGAAGGAGGCUAUCUCGAAGAUGGUAAAGGGAUUAACAAUUGGGAUGCCUUUUUCAUUUCCAAAGGGAGAACGCAAGAUCGGAGAAAUGGAGAUGUAGCUGAUGAUCACUACCAUCGUUACUCCGAAGACAUUGACCUGAUGCACUCUCUAGGGUUGGAUGCAUAUAGAUUUUCCAUCUCAUGGGCCAGAAUCUUACCCAAGGGGAGAUUCGGUGGCAUAAACCAAGCUGGUAUUGACUUUUACAACAAACUCAUAAAUUAUCUCCUCUCAAAAGGAAUAAAACCUUUUGUAACUAUACAUCACCAUGACUAUCCCCAGGAACUUGAGGAUAGAUACGGAGGUUGGAUGAGUUCCGAGAUGCAGGAAGACUUUGUGUACUUUGCUCAAAUAUGCUUUGCGAGUUUCGGAGAUAGAGUGAAGUAUUGGGUCACUAUCAAUGAGCCAAACUUGUUUGCAGUGAGGGCAUACGAGUGGGGACAAUACCCACCUGCUCGUUGUUCACCCCCCUACGGAAACUGCUCUUCGGGCAAUUCAGAUGUUGAGCCUCUUAUUGCCGUGCACAACAUGUUGUUGGCGCACGGCAAGGCCGUGAAGGUGUACCGUGAACAGUUUCAGACUAAACAAGGUGGAUUAAUUGGAAUGAGUGAAGUCAUGUUCAUGUACGAACCUUUUUCUAAUGACGAUGCACAUGAUCAAGAAGCUGCAAGUAGGGCACUAGGGUUUAAUGCGGCUUGGACAUUUGAUCCAGCAGUAUUUGGUGAUUAUCCCCCGGAAAUGCGUUUCUAUCAUGGGAGUGAAUUACCAAAGUUCACCUUAGAGGAAAAAGCCCUUUUAAAAGACAGCGUCGACUUCAUUGGCAUGAACCAUUAUGGCACCUUGUAUGCAAAAGAUUGCCUUUAUUCAAGGUGCAAUUGCACUGGAUCUACCUGCUCAAAAGGUGGAAACCGAACGAUAAACGGUUUCUUGUAUACUACUGGAGAGAAAGAUGGCGUCUUUAUCGGGGACCAGAUGGCCGUCAGUCGAUUUUUUGUUGUUCCUAGAGGAAUGGAAAAGAUCGUUAAUUACGUUAAGAAGAGGUAUCACAAUAAGCCAAUGUUCAUACUUGAAAAUGGAUACGCGCCACCAAACAAGACAGCAUCAGCUCUCAGUAUCGUGCACGACUCUAAGAGAAUAGAGUAUCAUAAAGCUUACCUUUCCUUUUUGGCCCGAGCAAUAAGGAAUGGGGCGGACGUACGAGGAUAUUUCAUCUGGAGCUUGAUGGAUGCCUUUGAGUGGGAAGAUUAUGCAACGAGGUUCGGGCUGUACUAUGUUGAACCGGGCACGUUGCGUAGGAUCCCAAAGCACUCUGUUUCAUGGUACACAGAUUUCCUGACCAAGGCUGUUGUUCUUCGCGACACGACAAAGCGAAAAUCGUCUGCAUUUUGAACAGAGUGAGCACUGAAAAAUCAUUUGCUAUUUUGGAGUGGUAGUUUUUGUUGUGAUUGGGUCUUUUUAGGGGAAAUAAAUUGUAUACUUAUGGGGAUGAGUGUUUUACCAGUUGGCACAUUCUUCCAUUUACAUCAAAUGCCAAUUAAAUAGUUCAUCAUGACCAGAUUGGUGUGCAUUUAUUUAAACUAUUUUAUCCUUUUAUUGUAAUUGAUCAACCAAGUAGUCUUGAUUGAUCAAAUUCUAUGUGUGACAUGACUGAGUUUUGAUUGUGAAGUGUAAAGUUGAUGCACAUGUUUGUCAUAGACCAAGUUUGAUUGGGUCCAUUUCUGUUCAAUAUAUGGGGUCUUGAAAU